AUGGUUGACGCCCAAGCUCUGGCCGAUGGAGUCAUUGGCGCCUUCAACGAGCCCGACGCACAGAUCCGAGCAAGACAAAUCAGAUGUCUUUGGACGCCGACUGGUCAACACUUCGGCGGGUUUGUGGCCAAAGGAUACCCAGAUCUUGAGGUCGGUAUCCAGGGUUCGCACGAUAACAUCGUGAUCAAGAACGGAUGGAAAUGGCGGGCGUACAAUGCCCAGGUCAAAGAAAACAUUGUGUUUUUCAUGUUCGACGGAGUCUCCCAGGAGGGAAAGGUUGAGGCUUUUGGAUCGUACGUGCUUGAGCUGGCGGACGACGGCAGUAUUGAAAAGGACUAUACGUUUGUGUUGCAGAGUCGGUAUGCACCAGACGAUAUCUAG